CAACAGACGCAACCCCUUUCAUAAACCUGUAAAAGCUAACCUAUCAGUAUCAAAUAUCGGGGAUACUGUUGAAGAACUUGGCCGCGUUCUUAAACACAAAUUGAAAGCCAUAAAUCUAAAGCCAGCAGACGAGUACAAACCUACCUGCCAGACAAAUGCAACGAUCGCUAACAGUUGCGACAAAAACUGCCUCCAAACCCAGCUGCCAGAAAAUCCUACAUACAGAGUGCAGCAGCUUGUGGCUCCUGAUCAGCUUCAGAUGUCGCCACAGGAACAUCAGGUUCUCCGUGAGAUGGCUGACAAGGUGGAGGGAAAUUAUGAUAUCAUUCUUCUAACUGCAGGAUCCUCGAAUCAUUUUCUAGAAUCACAAGCGCUUCUUAAGAAUCUGCACGAGGAGGUAUUUCCUCACCUGAAGAACUUCACGCUCAUAUUUUAUAACUUAGGCCUCACGUCACAGGAAAGAAAUUUGAUGACGAAAUAUUGCAAGUGUCAGGUGACAGAUUUUCCUUUCGAGAAAUUUCCCAAAUUCAUGGCCAAACUAACAUGCUAUGCCUGGAAGCCAGUGAUGAUCAAAGCUCAUCUACAGAAAGCACGUUUUGUGUUUUGGAUGGAUGCUUCCAUUAGGUUUCACAGUUCAGCGAAAAAAAUGUUUUUCCAGUUUCUGAAAGCAGCACAGGAAAGAGGUCUUCAGAUUGGAGGCUCUGGAGCUGAUUCUACUUUCCGGACAUCGCGAAGCAUGUACCACUUCUUCGGCGAUGAACCGUGUGCAUAUUUAGGUCUUGGUCAGGCGCAGGCUACUUUAGGAGUUUACUACAGAGAGCAUUUUGUAGAUAGGGCUAUUUUAGAGCCGUGGGUAGCUUGUGCACUUAAGGAGAAAUGUAUCUGCCCUAGUAAUGAUUCUGUUGGGGACUGUUCAGCCAGUAAAACAGCUGCCAUGAACUACUAUCACAGUAAAAGUGGCAUUGUGUAUGGUCUCUGUCACCGAUUCGAUCAAUCAGCUAUAAGUGUGAUACUUCAUAAACUGUACCAGGAGUUUUAUAAAUGGGUCAUGGUACAGUCUGAAUUCUUGCUAAGUAUUCGGCGUAAACAUACGCUUCUCUAUUUUCCACAGGAGUAG